GCCCCCGGAGGAGGCGCGGCCCGGCGUCCGCGGACUCGCCGGAGCCGGCCGGGGGGCGCGAGGGCGCCGCGCGGAGCAGCCGCGCGAGGGAGAGGAUGCCGCGAGUCCCCGGCCGCGCGGGGCUCCUCCUCGGCGUGGUGCUGCUGACGGCGCUGCCGGCCGUGGUGCCAGGGCUCCCCCUGCGGAAGCCGCGGGGCCCUGGCCCGAGCCACGCGAGGCUGGCGGAGGUCUCAGCCUCCCCAGAUCCCAGCUCUCCUACAGAAGAAGAGGGGACCUCUCUGCUCUCCAGGGCCCGCCUCCAGGCAGUGCCUCAGCAACACAGACGCCAGGCUCUCACUGAGCCAGCAGCCCUGACCCUGGACAAGACCCCCUCGCCUGGGACCCUGGAGGACGCUCCCUGGCUGCUGGACCUGCAGAAGCUGCCGGGAUGGGCCAGCACAGACCUGAGUGCCCCAAACCCCAAUAUCCAGGUGACCAUCGAGGUGGUGGAGGACCCCCAGGCUGAGGUGGAGAUGGACCUGAGGGCUGAGCCUAACGAUCGCUGGUCCGAGGGUGCCCCCAGCUGGCUGCCUGCCAAGGAGCUCUUCUGGCCCCUGUUCUGGGGCUACCUGGAGGGUGAGGAAGGGAGGCCUGGGCUCAAGGGCAGAGCCCCAGGGGAAGAGGAGGAAGAGGAAGAGGACGAUUACCCUCCAGAGCACAGUGAGAGUGAGGACCAGGAGGACGACGAUGCAGAAGACCGUGGCGAGGACCAGGAGCCUGGCUUCAGUGGGGCCGCAGGACGCUGGGAGCAGGGCUGGUUGUCCCCCAGGGACUGGGCCUUCAAGGAGCCUGACAGCUACGACGAUGAGCUUCAAGAGGAGUGGAGCCCCUGGUCUCCCUGCAGUGGGAACUGCAGCAGCGGCAGCCAGUGGAGGACGCGGUCCUGCGGCUACACCUGCACUGCCACCGCGUCCCGUGCCUGCGACCUGCCUCCCUGUCCUGGCGCUGAGGACGAGGACCCCUUGGGUGUCCCCCGAGAGGGGUGGCAGCCCCUGGCCCACAAUGCUACGGACAUGCUCAGCCCAGAUGUGGACAGCUGUGAGAAGUGGCUGAACUGCAAGAGUGACUUCCUAGCCAAGUACCUGCGCCAGGUGCUGCAGGACCUGCCCAGCUGCCCGUGUGCGUACCCGCUGGAGGCCGUGUCCCGGGCCGUGAGCCUGCAGGAUGAGCACCAGGGCCGCAGCUUCCGGUGGAGGGAUGCCAGUGGCCCGCGCGAGCGCCUGGACGUGUACCAGCCCACGGCGCGCUUCUGCCUGCGCUCGCUGCGGUCGGGGCAGAGCAGCACGCUGGCCGCCCAGCACUGCUGCUACGACGCGGGCAGCCGGCUGCUGACCCGAGGCAAGGGCGCCGGCGCGCCCGACCUCGUCAGCACCGACGUCUCGCCUGAGCUGCACUUCAAGGUGGACACGCUGCCCUGGAUCCUGUGCAAGGGGGACUGGAGCCGCUACCACGCCGUGCGGCCCCCCAACAAUGGCCGCGCCUGCGCAGACAAUCCUCCCGAGGAGGAGUACCUGGCCCAGCUGCAGGAGGCCAAGGAGUACUGAUGAGGGGCUGCUGGAGAGCGUUCCAGGCAGGACCCCUCACCCUGCCUCUGCCCGGACCUGGGGAGGCCGGCCUGGUGCCUCGUGCCCUCUGCCUUUGAACCUGAGGCAGGGAGGACAGCAUCCCAGGUGUCGGUGUGAAGUCGGGGAGAAGGUUGAAGGGUGGGGGUCGGGCCCAGAGUGAGAGGAGGGUGCUCAGCCACCCCAAGGCCGCCUGGGGCUGCCGGGAAAGGUGUGUCUGUGGGGGCCCUCACCUCCUGCCCAUUGGGGGGGUGCUGUCCCAGCCUGGCCACCCAUUUUCCUCCUUCUCCUUUGGAGCUGCGCGCCUCUGCCCUGGCUCUGUGCACAGGUGUGAGGCGGGCUCGCCACACACACCCUGAUUCCUGGGACCUGCCAUGAGUCACUCUGAGCCACAGCCCUGGGGGCCAGUCCUUUCCUCCCGCCCCCUGGGCCAGCAGCCCUCCUUAGCUCUGAGUGGUGGCACGUGGCCACCCCUGCUGGGAGGGUUAUGCUCAGCCCCGAGCUGCCUUGCCGUAAACACCACUUAGUCUGGGGCUGAAGGCCCGCAGUGAGACCAUAAGUGGGUAGACAGGCGGAGGCAGCUAAGACAAGGCCGGGUCCAGGUGGAGAAAGGAUCAACCGAUUCUGGUCCCUUUCUUUGUCCAGCUCACCUCUGUUCUGUCCAGAUUGUAGGAAUGGGUCGGGGUGGGACGUCACACCGUCCUGAAUGAGCACAGCAGCCGGGCUUGAGGUUGGUUCAGAAUCGGCCCAAAACGAUGUGUCAUGUGCAGGGUGAACUGGUAAAUCAGCUCUCCCAGGGGUGUGGCGGGGGGACAGCCCCAGUGUGUAGCAUCUGGGCAAUUUCUGUGGUGUUACCAUUCCCACUGUGGCCCACUCCAGGCUCCCAGGGUGAUGUCAGUUGAAUGCACUGAGCUCAGGGUUGGGACGCGAUGCAUAUGGUCAGCUCUCCCAGCACACCUCGUGCCUCUUCCCUGCCUCCCCUCAGCCCCCAUCUCCCCCUCCCCUCAGCAGCCACAUUUCCUUGCCUUCCAUGAGGUGGAAAUGCUGAUGUCCCAACUGUCUCUGUUCACAAAAGCCUUUUCCAAAAGGCACGGGACUUCAGUCCUAGCCCCUAGACAGCAGCCCUGAAGCUCUUCUGGGAACCUCAGCAAUA